GAAAAAUGCAAGGGAAAAGUCUUUGCAUCAUGUAGAGCACGCCGUGGGGCUCCGGGAGUGGCGCCCCAGCGUCUGGGGCCAUGAACGUGAGUGGAGAUGGAGAAAGCUUCUCCGGAUCGGUGCAAAUCCCAGGAGGCACCACAGUGCUGGUAGAGCUGACACCGGACAUCCACAUCUGCGGCCUCUGUAAACAGCAGUUCAGCAAUCUCGAUGCCUUUGUAGCCCACAAGCAGAGCGGCUGCCAACUGACCACCACGCCCGUCACAGCCCCCAGCACGGUCCAGUUUGUGUCAGAAGAGACAGUGCCUGCCACCCCGACCCAGACUGCCACAACGACCAUCAGUUCAGAGACUCAGACUAUCACAGUUGCAGCUCCGGAAUUCGUCUUUGAACAUGGCUACCAAACUUACCUGCCCACGGAAAGCACCGACGACCAGACAGCCACCGUGAUCGCUCUCCCCACCAAGACACGCACCAAAAAACCCACAGCACCCCCUGCUCAGAAGAAACUCGGCUGCUGCUAUCCAGGUUGCCAGUUCAAGACGGCCUACGGCAUGAAGGACAUGGAGCGGCACCUGAAGAUCCACACCGGUGACAAACCCCACAAGUGCGAGGUGUGCGGGAAGUGCUUCAGCCGGAAGGACAAGCUGAAGACGCACAUGCGCUGCCACACGGGCGUCAAGCCCUACAAGUGCAAGACGUGCGACUACGCGGCGGCCGACAGCAGCAGCCUCAACAAACACCUGCGCAUCCACUCGGAUGAGCGACCCUUCAAGUGCCAGAUCUGUCCCUACGCCAGCCGCAACUCCAGCCAGCUCACCGUGCACCUGCGCUCGCACACAGGGGACGCCCCCUUCCAGUGCUGGCUCUGUAGUGCCAAGUUCAAAAUCAGCUCGGACUUGAAAAGGCACAUGCGCGUGCACUCGGGGGAGAAGCCUUUCAAGUGCGAUUUCUGCAAUGUCCGCUGUACCAUGAAGGGGAACCUCAAGUCGCACAUCCGCAUCAAGCACAGUGGGAAUAACUUCAAGUGUCCGCACUGCGACUUCCUGGGUGACAGCAAAUCCACCCUGCGGAAACACAGCCGCCUGCACCAGUCCGAGCACCCGGAGAAGUGCGCGGAGUGCAGCUACUCGUGUUCCAGCAAGGCGGCGCUGCGCGUGCACGAGCGCAUCCACUGCACCGAGCGCCCGUUCAAGUGCAGCUACUGCAGCUUCGAUACCAAGCAACCCAGCAACCUGAGCAAGCACAUGAAGAAGUUCCACGCAGACACGCUCAAGAAUGAGGCUCCGGAGAGGAAGGACAGCGGCAGGCAGAGCAGCCGGCAGGUGGCCAAGCUGGAUGCCAAGAAGACGUUCCACUGUGACAUCUGUGACGCCUCGUUCAUGCGGGAGGACUCGCUCCGCAGCCACAAAAGGCAGCACAGUGAGUACCACAGUAAGAACUCGGACGUGACAGUAGUACAGCUUCACCUUGAGCCCAGCAAGCAGCCGGCUGCGCCCCUCACCGUAGAGCAUCUCCAGGUCCCCCUCCAGUCCAGCCAGGUGUCCCAGUUCAACGAGGGGAGUGUCAAGAUCAUCGUGGGGCAUCAGGUGCCUCAGACGAACGCCAUCGUCCAAGCGGCUGCAGCUGCCGUCAACAUUGUGCCCCCCGCCCUGGUAGCCCAGACCCCAGAGGAGAUCCCGGGGAAUGGCCGGCUACAGAUCCUUCGCCAGGUUAGUCUCAUCGCUCCCCCUCAGUCCUCCGGGUGUCCCAGCGAAGCAGCUGCCCUGAGUCAGCCGACUGUCCUACUGACCACCCAUGAUCAGACGGCGGGGGCUGCCCUGCAGCAGGCCCUGAUCCCCACCUCCCCGACUGAGACCCAGGAAGGCACCGGAAACCCGACGUUCAUUGCCAGUUCUGGCAUCACGUGCACGGACUUCGAAGGCCUUAACGCUCUGAUUCAGGACGGAACUACGGAAGUGACUGUGGUGAGCGACGGGGACCAGAGCAUCGCAGUGGCCACCACGGCACCCUCCAUAUUCUCUUCCCAACAGGAGCUGCCUAAGCAGACUUACUCCAUCAUCCACGGGGCGGCGCACCCUGCCCUGCUCUGCCCAGCUGAUUCCAUACCGGAUUAGUAUGGAGGGAGGGUGAAGGACAAGAGAAACUACAAGAGAAGUACUGUAAGAGGCCCCGGUCCCUCACAAUAAAUUGUAUUUUAUACAGUUUAUGUAAUUUUUUUAACAGGGUAACAAGGUGGAGACCAUCCUCCUUCAAGCUCUUGUGUCUUAAUGGUUACCAAGGCUGACUCCAGUAAGGAUUCAGCAGGGACUGGAUAUGUUUGUUUGUUUUUCCAUGUUUCGGAUUUAAUUUUUUUCAACUGGAAUAAAGGUGUUUGGUUUGGGUUUUCCACCGUA